UUCCGGUUUGGUUGCACGCUUUUCUUGAUAUUGAGUUCCCCCUUUCGGUUAUAAACAUGAACAGCAACGUUUAACCGAGAGGUUCACCGGGGGACACGCACAUCGUCUGCCCUACAUAAAAUGUACCCAUUGUAGGCCGAGGUGUCAGCUGAGGACGACUUGCAACCUAGAAACGGCGGUUUGGCCCCUCCUUCCCUUUGUCAGUCCGACAGUCUUCUGGAGUAUUCUUAUUUUCAAAAACAGAUUCUAAAAUCGGCAUUAAACUGCAGAAGCGGCGUUUCAACCAUGCGAACGGAGUUUUCUUCUUUUUGAUCAAACCUUUUUGAGACCCCUCACGAUUUUAUCAAAGGCGUUGUCUCGGGGAACUGUGCCCAAUGACAUCAUCCCCGCCUUUUGUAUACCGUUGCUAGGGGUUACAGGGUGACAUUUUUCAAACAGUCCUGCUGUAGAUUUGUUCGGGAUACGCGAUACAGUUUCUGUAUUAACAAAAAACGGACUAAACACAAAGUUUGGUAUUUAUUUUGAACAGAUGCUAUACUACAAGAAUAACGUUAUACACUUUCAAACUUUGUGAGAUGGCAGAUUCUGGUCUAUCAGAAAAAGCACUUAUCACCGAGAGUGCGGAGACCAUUCGUGCUACCUCAGUGUUCACGGACCCUUAUGAACGCUCUGUUAACUAUAUGGAGACUCACAGUAUUCUUCAGAUUUUCCAGGACAUCACAGAGAAACUGGUUUUUGAUAGACCAGACGAUCCACUGCAGUUCAUGUUAGAACAGGUGCAAAUGAAGAUCAAAAUCCGUGAUGAGUCAAGCAACAAAUUUCUGAAAUCAUAAUGAAUUCUAAAGCAAAGUAACCAGGGCUUUGCAACAAAUUGAAAAAAGUUUAUUCUUUUAUUUAUAUAUUUCUUUAAAUAAGGUGUAUUGAUUGCUGUCAUUCCAUGACUCUGUAUUGUUGUUUCCAAGCAACUGUCUUUACAUUUUCUUUUUUUUUUGCUCCAAACUUACCAUGUUUUGCCACAAUUUUUUGAGAGUAUUAGCAUUCAUUUUCAGUCAAACAGCGCUGAAAUCUUAAUAAUGUAGUUUGUGAGUGUCUUUGGCCUAAAUAUCUCAAUGAACGCACUAAAGUGGAAAGUUAGAGCUAUUAAAUUUAAUAAAUAAAAAUAAA